UAUCCAGGGCAACACACACGCACUAGUUUAAACAAGCGCUCCUUCGUUAGAGACGUUGUUCGUCGAAUGUUCGUCGCUAUUUUUGAGCUUUUUAACAGUUUUGAGGAUUAUAUAAAUUUCAACUGCUCGACCUUUCAAAAUGGAAGAGGACUCAGCAGAGAAUAAACAUGAAGAAAUGCUUAAUACAGAAAAUAAUAUAUUGGUGGAAAACAUUGAAACUUUUGAGGGUCUUACUCAAGCAGAGAGUGUUCAACAUGGAAAGGAAGAAAAUGAAACUUUUCAUCCUUAUAUGUCAGAAACCGUUGAAGAUGAUGUGAUGUAUUCAGUUGGCCCACAAGAGGGUGUCGUGACAAAAGACAUAAUACCAUCGGACGCAAGUGUACCAGACAUAAGUGAGUCAGGACCACAUGUGGUAACAGAGGAGGAAGCUGGGUUAGGAUCCUUAAUAAAUGAGGCCAUAAGUGAGACUGAGGGAUCUGAAAGGUAUUUUGCCGGAGAAGAGGGCACCAUGACAGCAGAGGAUGAGGACGUACAGAACAAAACACCAGUUCUGGACCCCUGCAUGCCAGAUGGAGAAAGGUCCAGUCCUCCUGAAGAACCUUUAGUGCUUGAGAAAGAGAUAGAAGUUAACCAUAUUGAAUAUAAGGAUGUUAUACAUGAACUACAGGAAGAGAGUGACGAGCUCACAAAGCAAAAUGUUCAGCUCCAAACUAAAAUAUCAGAAUGCCUUAGUAGGAACGCAGGUAAUGAUAAACAUCCAAAACCCUCAAAACACAUCUCGGAUCAGGAGCAGUAUCAGAAGUACAUGGAUCUCAUGGAAGACAUGAAAUUUCAGAACCAGCGUAGCUUAGAUCUCCAUCAACAGUGUAUUGAGGAGGAGCUGUGCCAGCAAAGCCAAGAGAAACUCAACCAGGUUGAACAUGAGCUGCGAUCUUUUGCUUUACUGAAAAAUGAAGCUGCUGUGAAAGCUCUGACUGGUAAAGUGGGCCGGCAGGCAACACUAGAAAAGGUGGAGCAGCUACUGGCAGAUGAACAGAAAAAGGAAAAUGAAGUGGCAUGUGUGCGUUUGAAUAGCAUCAAGUUGAAGAAUAAAGUUUGUAAAUUGGAGGCUGCGUUUCAUUCUCAACAGCAGUUGGCUGAUGGCUUGCUCCUGAUGGACUUUGAGCAGCUCAAGACUGAGAAUCAGACAUUUAAGGAGAAGUUUAAGGAGCGUGGUGAAGAGCUGCUCAGGUUAAAAAAUAAGAUUGCCUGCUCUGUACAGGGCAUUACCCACAUGAAAGAGAAGAUGCAUUUUGUGCAGAUAGAGAAUAUUGCCAAACGCACUGAACUGGCAGAAGCGGAUGCAUCGCUGGCUCUUAAACGUGACGUGCUGACACAUACCCGACAGGCUCGUGACAACCUGCGUACAGACAACCUUAAGCUGCAACAGAGAUGUGGUCUGCUUGGUAACACCACACUACUCCGGGACUUUGAAGAAAGGGUGGACACCUCAGAGUGCUUGCAGCAGAGACUUGAGACGCUAAAGAGACGCCACGCUGAACUCGUGCUGAAGUGUGCUGGUGUAAAACUAAAGAUAGAGCAAAGUAAACCAGAAUACAAAUGACAAUACAAACAUCCCCAACAAUAAAUUGGUUGAAGUGUUUUCUCUUCUCUUACAUGGACAGCCUUACAUAAAAAAAUCAUUCUUAUUAUUCUUUUGUUUUGCUAUAUUCAAGUUCAGUGCAUCAUAUAAAACAUCAUUGUUUCUCUAGUCUACAGUGUAAUUCAAUGUAUCACAGUACAGGUCACUUUGUUAAUUUUGAGGAUAAAACUUUAUUUUUGGGACAUACUACAUCCAACUUUGAAUAACACGCUAAAAAAAUAGUGCUAUAUAGCACUAAAAGUGUCUCGCUCGUAAUCAUAGGUGAACCACUUUUAGUGCUAUAUAGAACCAUAUUUUGGUGCUUCAGCGGUUCUUUGGGAUGACUUUGCUCCUUUCUACACGUAGACACAUGAUAUUAAGUUCCUAAAAUAGUGAUACAUUUUGGUUAUGUUAAUAUUCGAAAGAAUUUACAAAAAAACAUUUAAACUGAUAAGACCCGAGCUUUGGUUUGGCUUGCUUUUU